GCAUUCUGUUAAAUACAUAUCUACUACUAAUAUUAUCAACAAAUAUGGCUUCCGACACGAGGAUGUUCAACAUUCUAUUUGGAUCUCAAACUGGAACUGCAGAAGAUAUUGCUGAAAGAAUAGGAAGAGAAGCAAUUAGAAGACAUUUACUAGCGAGCGUUAUUUCGUUGGAUGAAUAUAAAAUUGGAAAUCUAAUCAAGCAGAAAGCUGUUAUAUUUGUCGUCUCCACCACAGGACAAGGCGAUCCACCCGACAAUAUGAAAAAGUUCUGGAAAUUUAUUUUACGAAAGAACCUGCCCUUAAACUCACUUGAAGGUGUUCACAUAGCAGUGCUUGGAUUGGGAGACUCUUCAUAUACAAAGUUCAAUUUUAUAGCCAAAAAACUUAACAAAAGACUAUUACAGUUGGGAGCUAAAGAAUUGGUAGAUGUUGGACUGUCUGAUGAACAGCAUCCAUUGGGUUUGGAUGCUACUGUUGAUCCAUGGCUUGAUAUGUUAUGGAGCAGAGUGUUGGAUAUCUAUCCAAUGCCUGUUGGUAAAAGUAUAAUUUCUCAAGAUCUUCUACUUCCUUCCAAGUACAGUAUUGAAACUACGGAUGUUUCAGUGUUGCAUACAGACAAAAAGAAAACAUCCCAAUAUGAAUCCUCACAUGCACCAUUUUGCAAAGAUAAUCCAUGGAAAGCCCAUAUAAUCUCAAAUGAGCGCAAAACUAGUAAAAAUCAUUUUCAAGAUGUUAGGUUAAUUCAGUUCAGUUUAAAAGGUUCCGGAUUAAGUUAUAAUCCAGGAGAUGUUUUAAUGAUUCAGCCAUGUAACAUAGAAGAGAAAGUAGAGGAAUUUCUUACGCUAGUGGGCUGGCAGCCUGACACGAAAGUAUCAAUUAAUGAAAGACCUGAUGGUCCGCACCUGCCAGAAAAAUUUCCAAGGACGUGCACUCUUAAAGAACUUUUUACUAACCAUUUAUCCAUCCAAUCCGUUCCGAAAAGAUAUUUUUUUGAGCUACUGUGGCACUUCACCACUUCGGAACUCGAAAAAGAAAGAUUGUUGGAAUUUUGUUCAGCUGAAGGACAGGAAGACCUGUAUGAUUAUUGUUACCGCCCAAAAAGAAGUUAUAUCGAGGUUUUGCAGGACUUUCCAGAUGCGUGUAAAAACCUCAAGCUAGAAUACUUAUUUGAUUUGUUCCCUUUGAUGCAACCUAGAGCCUUCUCUAUCGCAUCAUCUUUAGUCGCUCAUCCUGAGGUAGCUGAAAUAUUAAUGGCAGUGGUUAGCUACAAAACAAAAAUGUAUUAUCUUCGGAAAGGUGUCUGCUCCACUUGGCUGGCAUCACUCGAUAGAGUAACUUCAUUAGGAAAGCCUGUUCGAAUGUGGAUAGCGAAAGGAACCAUUGCAUUUCCGAAGGAUGACGAUACCCCAGUUAUCAUGGUUGGGCCAGGAACUGGAGUGGCGCCAUUUCGUUCUUUCAUUCAAGAGAGGGUUUCAAAUCAUGCGAAAGGACAAAUGGUUUUGUUUUUCGGUUGCCGUAGCAAGAACAAUGAUGAUUUUUUCAAAGACUAUUGGACAGAUGUAUCAUUAAAGGCUCCGUUAACUGUGUUUUCUGCGUACUCUAGAGAUCAGCCGGACAAGAUCUACGUUCAACAUAAAAUGAAAGAAUGUGGAGAUUUGAUAUGGAAGUUGAUAGAUAAAGAUCACGCCUACUUUUUCAUAGCUGGAAACUCAAAAGACAUGCCAAACGAUGUUUUAAACUGCUUAAAAGAAAUACUUGUACUGCAUGGUCGAUUUGACUCUGAAGAAGCAGACAUGUAUAUGAAAACAUUGGAGAUGAGAAGAAGACUUCAAUGCGAAACUUGGUCUUGACAAGACGCUGCUUCUAUGUGCUACGAUUGUUAUAGCAACAUCAAUUGGGAGGAAUGUAGUACUGACUUUGCAAUGAAUUGUUACGGCGACGCGAAUAGAUGUGGUUACAUAUACAGCAAGCGAUUGGGCACAAACUUUGAAGAGUUUACCCGAACUUGUCUUUCGAAGGAGAUGUGUGAUGGUAACCUGUGUAAGGGAGCGUCUGGAGCUCAACUAGAAAAAUGUACCGUCAAAUGCUGUGAUGCUGAGAAGUGUAACGAUGGCACGCCAUGAACACCAAUUUUUGCGAUGAUCGCACCUUAUUUGAUAAGUAACAGUUUUUUUUUUUUUUUUUUAUCAAGGAAGAAUAUUAUGUGGUAUUACACAGAACUGCACGUGUCAUUUUCCUUUCACCGAAAUUUUUAUUGUCAGAUGUGCAUUGCUAGUCCUAUUGAAGGAUUUUCUAGCACAUAUUUGUAAUUGUAGUAUACGUUGUUAAUAUAUGAGGUCUCACUCAUGUGUAUAAAACUUUAAUAGGAGAACCUUUAGCGAGUCCUAAAAUCCGCCAAUUUUUUCGCGAAUUAAAAGAUUGGGAAAAUUUUGUAAAAUUGAUUUUUUAGGAAUAUUCAGUAUGAUUUUUUGUUUAUAACUUUUACGAAUUAGCGGCUUUUAGUUCUCCAACCAAUUUUCGCGAAAACAAAUCCGAAUAUUAAGUGAAAAUAAUUUUAUCUUUUAUUAAAAUAAUUGUUUUGUAAUUUAUUAAUAUUGUUUGAGCAACGAUUCAAUUGUUCACAUUUUUUCGUGUUUAAGCAUUUUGUCUCUCUCCCCAGUUUUUACUCUUAAUGUGAUGGCGAUUAGUUAGGCCGAAUCAUUUCACCCUCCUCCUCACUUACCUCGUACAGGUUGUUCUUCAAUUGGUUUAUCUUCAAUUGCAUAACUCAACGAAAACCCUUGACCGUGUGAUGAUUGAUCGCUUACAAAUUUCAGACACAAAUCAUUUCCGCUCGACACAAAUUGACCAGGCGCAUCUUUGCCGCAUAAUUUGACAGAUGGGCGUAUUCCAAUUUCAGAACAUUUGCCAUCUGUGAUACGUAGAAAGUCGCCAAGACACUUUGGACCAGAGAACUGCGUAGGAGCCGCUACGAUGUCCAUACUAAAAAGAAAGAUUUGUGUACUUUAUGUAAUUUAAAAACAAUGCUUCUACUUUCAA